UACUAUUGUAAGUUCGAAACGACUUUCUUCGCACCAGCCAUUAGACUAAAGAUUCUAGAUUAACAAGUAAAAGCCAAGGAAUUUCUAUCAGUAAUCAACACACAAUACGUUAGACAUGUGUGUAUCUCUUUCCUGUACUGUGGUUAGUACAAGGCUCAUCUGGGAAUACCUACCUCCUAACCUACCUAGUCUUGCUUAAAGUGGCACAGAUCGGUUAUGUCCCGAAGUUGUUUUUAUUGCUGCAGAUCCUCCCGGCUAUUCAAAGAUGGUAAUUAUUUGAAUAAUUUCCUAGGUACGUACCUAGCCUAAUCUUAAGCAUUAAGUUACCUGCCUACCUCCUAGGCACCUAGUAGGUAUUGGCGAAUGUUCGAAAAAUUCUACUCCGCAGUCCUGUCAUCCCCCUCGAUAAGGUUGAUGCACGGACAGCAAAAAAACAUACAUCCUUGGGGUUCAUAUGCGGAAAAGUCUCACCCCCCUUGAAGUGUCCAAAAUUGGCCGACCUUUGGUUCGGGACGUUAGGAUGUCGCUCUAAUCGGCGCGGGCCGGGGGUCUAGGAUGAUCAGCACCUGAUCAUUCGUUGAACAAUUCCUAUAAAGAAUUUUCAAAAUUCGUCUACGACAUUUAGUAUAAACUAGAUCGUAUCCUCAUAUAGCAAGUACAUAAUAGUUAUUAGGUUAAUAGUUUAUUUCCCGGCAUGGUGGAAUAAGAAAAACCAUCAAGAUGGCUGAAGUUGGUGUCAUACAGCCUCCGCCAGGAGUGACGCCCGAUUUCCACAGUUGGACCAGUCUCCAAACUACUAUCGUUGUACUUUUUGGUGUCACCUUUGGGAUAGCAACUAUAUUACUCGUUCUUCGGUUAUAUACGGCUUUCUGUAUUGUCAAGAAGGUAGAUUGGGAUAUCUUAUUCGUUAUUGCAGCCUGGGGAGUUAGCCUAACAUUCUAUAUCGGAACAAUAAUAGCAAUACCAGCAGGUUUUGGGCGCCAUCUUUGGGAUGUUACGCCACAACAGUUACAAGGAUACUUUAAAGUCUUGACACUCCUUGCUCUCACGUACAUCUGGCCGCCCUCUCUAACGAAACUCGCACUCCUCGUUCUUUAUCUUCGACUUAACCCAUCCAAGCUUUUCCAUCUCUGCAUUUAUGCUAGCGGGCUUCUCAUUAUUACAUUCACCGUCGUCUUCUCGGCCUUGUUUCUCGGUCCUUGUAAUCCAUUGUCCACCGGCAGCGGUGCUUGCUUGAACAAUAUAGCGGUAGCACAGGCUGUUCUGAAUAUUGUGUCCGAUGUCAUUAUAGUGGUGCUUCCUAUCCCUAUGAUCCAUGGAUUAAAGAUGCCCAUGAAGCAGAAGAUAGCUGUUGGUCUUCUGAUCGCAAUGGGGUCGGCGGUCGUUAUUGUCUCUAUUGCGCGAGUCGCUUAUGUUAGAACGAUGCUGCAGAACACCGAUGUAACUUGGACGCAGGCGUCCACGGCGGUAUUGUCGACGCUGGAAUUGAACAUCGGGAUCAUAGGCAAUUGCCUCAUACGUAUGAAGCCUUUAAUUCAGAAACAUUUUCCUUCGUGGCGAAGCUCAGGGGACAACUCAAAUACCCCUGGAAGCUUCGGCCGGAACCAGAGUGGUAACGCACCGCGGACCUGGGGAUCAGGUGGGGGAAGUCAUCAGAGGUAUAAAUUGGACAGUAUAGAGCGUGGAAUGUUCGGUGAUGGGACGCGAGGUACCGGCAAAGAUAUCUACGUUGCCAAUGAAUACCGGGUUGAAUACGAAUCCAAUAGGUCAAACCAAGCGAGACCUGUUAAGACAGGCAGUACGGAGAGUAUCCUCGCAGCAGAGGGAUAAUCCGGCGGUAUAGAUGUGUGUGGCUGCACUCGACUUUCAGGGCAUAUGUUACAUCCUAAGAGAGGAAAUUUCCUUAUACGAUCCCGAAGAAGCGUGUGUUACCUAUGAACAAUCUGAAAUGAGAAGUCCAGGGAUCUUCAUAAUGUUAGUUAAUAUCACCUACCAUAUACACAGACAAGCUAUUUAGUUUUUUAAUACCUACUUGUUUUUUAAUACCUACUUCUAUAAA